AUGGCAAUUGUCAAGUCGUCUGUACCGCAAUCUGGUCCAGUAGCUGAUGCCGACAGUACCGCUCAUCACGAAGCUACUGUCCAAAAUGGGGAAAUAGAAACAAAUGCCUUCAACUGCUUCAACCUUCUCAUUCACGAAUGUUUCAUUACCGCAACUGUUGCUACACAGUCCGUUUUGCUACAUCUCGCAUCGCAACCAGCCAAUUGA